AUGAAGACCAUGAUUGCAAGCAUCCUUCUGUGCUCCCUCUUGGCCACGGCUUUCUCCGGCGGUGUGAUUACUGGCUAUGGCGGAUACGGAGGAUACGGAGGAUACGGUGGAUAUGGUGGAUAUGGUGGAUAUGGUGGAUAUGGUGGAUACGGAGGAUACGGUGGAUACGGUGGAUACGGCCCGGUCGGUGUCAACGGAGUAGGAUUAGGAAGCAGCGUUGUCCUUCUCAACGGCGGCGGUGGCGCCGGACUGUCCAAGGUGGUGGCCGGGCCAGCAUUUUUAGUCAGGAGUGUCCACCACGUUAACAAAGUUUCCAGCGGAGGAAACGUCGUGGCCCAUACUGGCUUGGGAGGAGCAUACGGUCCUGGAUCUGGUGGAGCCGGCCUGGGAGGGGGUCUCGGAGGUGGACUUGGAGGUGGUCUUGGAGGUCUUGGCGGUGGUCUUGGCGGUGGCCUUGGCGGUGGCCUUGGCGGUGGUCUUGGUGGUGGUUUGGGCGGUGGUCUUGGUCUCUACGGACCGGGAGCCUACGGUGCUUAUAAAGCGCUUCUCAAGGGUUGA